AUGACGACGACGAGAGGCGGUCUCUCUGUCAUCUCGACGAGUAGUAAAGGCCUUAAUGCUAUUCUUCUUCGUCGGAGACGAAGUUUGGUCGUCGUCGCCUCUUCUUCUGUUCCUCCUUCUUCUUCGUAUUACUCACCACCACCAUUACCACCUGGAGCAGCUACAGAGUACGCCUUGGUCGCGGAAGUGGCCGAGAGUUCUAACUCGGAAAAAGGCGGAGGUUCGAUGCCUUUUGGCGGUCUCGACAGCAUGAGUGCGCCGUCGACGUCGACGUCUGAGGACGAUGGGAUCGUAACCGUCGCGGUUGAUGACGAAGAUCCGAGCGAGAAAACCGGAUUGAACCCGUUCAACGUCGGCAGAAUAUUCACGGGCUACCCGGACGCGAACGAGUUCGAAGACGGCGUCCAAGCCGCCUCUCUCGGCUCUCAGUUAGCGUUUACCUUGGCGGUCGUCUUACUCGUCAUCAUCACCGGUGGGACCUUAUACGUCUCCGCGCGCGAAGCCAUGGACAGGAAAGAAGAAUCCGACGCUCGAGAAGAAAUGGAACGACAGGAACGAAUCGUCGAGGCGAACAAAGGAAAAUUAAACCAAGCGGCGAAUAAGAGAAGGAAACCGAAAGUGAGCAAUUUGGACAAGUUAGUCGCGGAAGGAAUCAUAGAACCAGGGAGCGCCAACGCGGCGUCGAAGAAAAAAUUAAACAGAAAAGACCGAAGAGAGCAGCAAAAAUUGACUUCUUCAACCGGCGACUUUGGCGCUCCUACGAACGACGAAGAAGAAGAAGAAGAAGAAGAAGAUUUCAAAGACGACGAAGAGUAA